UAGAAAAUAUGGGCAUUCGCAACUGGACGCCAUGGCAAUCACGGACGCAAGAACAAAGUUAUACCUAAUAGGAGUCGCCUAUUUUGUACAGCUUGUCAAUGGUGAUACAAGAAUAUCACGAGCCGAUAUCAGUGCAGUUUUGGGUGAAAACGAAGAUCCUAAUUUUUGGCCUUCAAGGGGUCGAAGAAAUGGCCCUGAACCUAAAUUUAAACAAUACUUAGAAAAAAAAUACAAUAUGAAUUCUCUACAUGGAAAUUUAGAAAAGCCACUUUAUGUCGAAGAACCAAUGUGGUUAACAAUUGAUAGAAGAGCUGACGGAGAUGAUGACUAUUUUUGGGUAACUAGAGGUCGAAGAGGAAGUAGUUGGAAGCAACCUACAGGAAUAAAACUACCAACAAAAUCAAAUUAUGGUUAUAGAGACGAGUCUGAUAACAAAAUUCAGUAAAAACUUGUUGUUUCUAAAUUACAAUAAAUCAUGUAGUAUUUAUAAUUUCUAUAGUUA